UUUUAGUUCAGGUGCGAGGUCACUGGGGACCUUGUUUACAAAUGGACGACACAGCAAGUAGUCAGCGGGAUGGUGUUUGAAUAAGUCGACUCAAAGAUAAGACAUAUCUUUGGAUAUCAUCAUAUUUCACAGGGUGAGUAUGACUGGUUCUGCCCCUCCCGGUGACUCCGCCCCCAACCAUGACGGGGACAGUCUCCUCCAGCGGCUGCUACUCCCACUGGACAUCCUCCAGACCGACUGUCUCCACACCCAUCACUGGACGCUCAUCCUUGCUGCAACAUCGCUUAGCCUCUUCUUCAUAUUCAAAAAGACCCAGAAACGUCUUCCGCCAGGCCCUUGGACCUGGCCUGUGAUUGGACACAUUAACUAUUUCAGGAAUAAGCCCCAUAUUAAGCUAUCCAACCUUAAAGAAAAGUAUGGCGAUAUCUACCAGCUGCGGCUGGGCACCCAUAAUGUUGUGAUUGCUUGCUCGCUAGAUGCUGUUUUGGAAGGGCUGAUACAUAAAGGGGUUGACUUCAGUGAUCGACCUGACUUUGAGGUGUGUCACAUCCUGUAUAAUGGAAACCGACAUCAAGGUAUCAGUACGGCUGAUUAUGAUGAAAAGACAGUGAUGAAGAAGAACUUCCUCGACUUCAGCCUCGACGUCUACUGCUCCAGCUCGGAAAACAUCGAGGACGUAGUGGCUGCAGACAUAUUGGAAGUUGUCAAUAUAUUUGUUGAGACUGACAAACCGCUGGAUCCUUUCUACUCCUUGGAAUCUGCUUGUCUGAACAUCAUGACGAGGCUAGCGUAUGGUCAGAGGUUUGACCCAGCAGGCCGUGUCAUGCAAGAGAUUCUGUCCACAUUCCACGCCCGAAAUUUUGCCAAAUGUUUCCACGCUGUUGACUAUGUGCCAUUCCUAAAAGCUUUCUCACCGAGAGAAGAUUUGGAAUUUGUUCAAGAGAAGACCCUGCAGCAGAUCCUGUAUCAGAGGAAGAUUAUGAACGUGCACAAGGACAGCUAUGAUCCAGGGAGCAUCCGCGAUAUGAUGGAUCACCUGCUGCUGUAUCUGGAGACUGGGGAGGACCAUGGAUUAAUGGAGAAGGGGGACAUCGACUUCCUGAUGAUGGACUUCGCUAACUCCGGCUACGAGACCACGGCUGUUGUCCUCACGUGGCUGCUUGGCUACAUGGCCAUGAACCCUGACAUCCAGGUCAAGGUCCAAGAGGAACUGGAUGGCAUUGUGGGUAACGACCGACUCCCGUCUCUACAGGAUCAGCCGUAUCUUCCCUAUACAAGUGCCGUCAUCUUUGAAGCAGAGAGACUGGCGUCAGUCUACCCUUUCCUUCAACCACACGUUGCGAGGGACAACUGCAAGUUACAAGACUUUGACAUAGCGGAGGGCACCAUCUUGCUGCUGAACGUGUGGAGCAUCCACCAUGACAGCCGGUACUGGAAACACCCAAUGAAGUUCGACCCCAACAGAUUCCUAACAGACGAGAACUCCCUGGAGAUUCCAGACCACUUCAUGCCCUACGGUGCCGGAACACGGCGCUGUCCAGGAGAAAGUUUGGCCGAGAUCAUGCUGUUCCUGUUCUUCUCCACCAUCAUGCACCAGCUGACGGUCAAGUCGGCCACCAAGAACUUCUGCCUGGAAGGAGAGUACGACUUCAUCAUCCGGCCACACCCAUUUGCACUGGUGUUUGAGGAGAGAGAGGGCUGAGUUCUGACCUCCCAUAGACAGGACCGCUCUGAUAUACUUCAGUGAAGUCUUCAUCAGACUCAUUACCUUCACAAACAGGAGGCUCAUGUCUCACACCUUUAUAAUAUCAGGGUUGUCACAAUCCACUAAUGCAUCAGUACAUCAAAUGUUCACCUGAUGAUUCUCGACAUGAUAUGCCUAUCCAUGUAUUGAUUCAUAUUUUUAUAUUCUGUAUGAUUUUGCAGUAAAUUGGCCUGGUAACUGCAUUAACUUAACCCCUUUCAUGAAAACUGCUAAAACUGCAAAAACUAACCUAAAUUAACCAGUAAUGCAAUUACAAACCUAUAGCAACAACCUUUUUCUAUUCGGGUCAAAUCUAACAUGGAGAAUAUAAACCCCAUUUCACCGCACCGCACCUCACCUCACCUCAACUCACCUAACAUCUCACCUCACCUCACCUCACCUCACCUCAACUCACCUCAGCACACCUCACCUUACCUGAGGUAAGUGGAUUGUGACACCCACACUUUCUAGUCAUACAUGUUUUUACCAAAGUUAAUUUUCCAUUCUCUGUAGUAAGGUGGGUAUACUUUAGUGGUCUAAUUGCCACAGGUGCAACGCCUGUGCCUGAUCCCAGGUAGUCCUCCACAGAACUGAUGAUGUAGAUUCCAGCUAGUCCUCCACAGAUCCCAUGAUGCCUGUGCCAGAUGACCACCCACUCCCACACCCCCCACACACACACACCACCACACACACCCACACACACACAUCCUUGUCCUAAGAUCCCAGCAGCUGGUCCUCCGCGGAUACAAAUCCCAGUUAGUCCUCCAAAGAACAUGAUGCAUGUGCCUGAUGCCCUCAUUUCUUGUCCUAAUAACGCCACUAGUCCUCCCCAGAACCACAGUGCCUGGUGCCCAGACUGUUUUGUCUGUGGAACUGAUGACACCAAAGCUGCCUGUGCCAGAUGUCCCAGGUGCACGACGAUUGAUUCUCAAGCCGAGUCAAGAGGGAGAAAAUAGAGGAAAAGUCUAAUACACCAUUUAGUGCUUUAAGCAACAACCAGAAAGUUAUGGAUUAGCAGGGGUGUUAGAUCAAAUCAGAUUAGAUGUCAUAUGUGCUUAGGGGGCACGGGUGGCCCAGUUGUCUACGGCGCCGCGAUUCACUGUGCAGAGUUGCGUCCCUUGGGCAAGCCAGAAACCUAUGAUUGUGGGUUUGAAUCCAGGUUCGCCCCAAUUAUGUUUCUA